AUGCAUAAAAACACAAACCCGCCUCAAGUGGGGGUCUAUUUGAAAGCCAUUAAAGUGACGGUCGACGGGCCCCGGGAGCCCAGGAGUAAGAUUAGACAUCAACAACAUCUGCGAGCGUUUGCCACGGCUUUCGGGCACCAAAGACAGCCGUUUCUGGAGUCGAGGGGUUGUUCCCUGCCAUCCAUUUCCACAAAUGAAUGGCGUUUAGCGGCACACGCGGCCGCCAUGGCCCGACUGCCUACCAGUGCCAGCGGUCAGGACCUGUCCACUGGACUCCAUAUCCCAUCCGCCUGUGCCGGUACGGACACGUGGGGUACGGCGUCGGCCGCUUACGCCCAUUACACGGCUACCGCUGCCUACUAUAUGUCCGGUCAAUCAAAUUGCGUGGAUUUACACCAAAACCCACUGAUCGACAGUCAGUCGUUGGUCCACAACACGAGCGCAUCCUAUCUGAUGGAUAGUAACGGACAGUCGGGGGACGGGAGGCCCACAGCCUGUUCCAGUGCCAGUCAUCCCAUUCAUGAAAAUAAUGGUUCGCCGACUAUUCAUAGUAGUGGACGAGUGUCUGGACUCACAUCCAAGUGCGAUGUCAUCAGCGGAGGCCUUAAUGGCACGGAUAUGAUAGCACAUCACUCAUCCUGCAAAUCAGAUUCAUCUCAAACACUAUCAGCAUUCACGGCACCCAUAUAUCAGAGCACCGGUAAUAACGGUUCGAGCGCUUAUUUAUCAUCAAACAGCUACCCAUUAUUGAAUCAUGGCUAUUAUGGCACCACAUGCAGUGCCUCAGCACCGGCAUCAUCGGCUAAUUCAUCUAAUUUAAUGCCAUCCCUAUUAUACCCAUCAAUAUAUUCAUCGAAUCCAAGUCUUCAGGGAUUGUUCACCAAUCGGACCAAUAAUUGCGAUAAUCUUAUCACUGAUACCCAUAUCUAUGGCUAUAAUAAUAGUAUCAAUAGUUUGAAUAAUCCGUUGAGUAAUACAAGUUUUGAUGCAAACAAUAGUUGCGGUAAUAAUAGCGAAACGGUUUCCGUUUGGAGGCCUUAUUAG